AUGACUUACCGAAUCGCAGCACUUCGCAAUAGUUCGCGGAUGUGGAAAACACACGAACACACAGUGAUUUCGAACAAAUGUACCGGGAAAUCUGCCGCCGCGAAAGCGCCGUAUCGCCAAAUAUUGCCACUGCAUACUUUAUUUUGCCGACCAAUGCCAAAUAAUACCGCGCUGCGUUUCAUCGAGCAUCGACUGUCAGGCCAAAUAAUGCCGCGUUUCACCAAUACGCCGACUGAUCGCACUACGUUCCAUCGAGCAUCGAUCGUCGAACCACAUCAGUACUAA